GGUUGCCAAAAACAAACCAGAAAAAGAAAAAAGAGAACUUUUCAAAAUCUGUAAGUAUCUACGCGGCUUCCUCUACGCGGUGCGGCUGGAGGCCGCGAUUUGGCAGUGUUUGGCGCGGCAUUUUGCUCGCCGCAGCCGCGAAUCCGGUCGAAACGCUGACCGCGGAUGAGACCUCGCGGCCCACAUUAUCGCUCCGCUUUUUACUCUCGUACCCUUAAUUUCACUUUUGUUAGUUCUCCCUCGUUUUGCCCCGCGCCCCGCCGGGAGGAAGGAGAAAGUUAAUGGUACUACUGGUGGAUGGAGGGUCGUCCGAUCACUCUCAAUAUCCAAUGAUUUCCUCACCCCAUGUCGCUCACAGGAGAAAAACAAAGGAAAAAAAGCUGAAGCGGCUGCAGGCAAAGAGCUCUAAGAUGAAGGGUUGAGUUUGAGAAUUUAAGUAUCAAUCCAUGCUCAUCACAUCAAACAGCAAAAAAUGAGAAGGAAACGAAAGCAACUGUCAAUAUUUGUGAGGAACGUUUUGGCUCCCCAACCGGAGCAUAUUUGGAUUCUAUGAAUAAGAAAGCAACUCCUGUUGCUGGGCUACAGGGUAAAAUAUGUCAUAAGCAUAGAGCUCCAUUUGAAAGUAAAUUGGGAAAUGAUGCAAUUGCUUCCAAAUCUGCUUUAUGCUUUCCUAUAAUUUCUCAAGAUAUUUGUAAUAACCAUAUGACUCGAAAGUCACGAGGCAAUUCAAGAAGGUGCGAAUUGCCUCGCUAUCCUUGUCGGCGAUCUUCUAUACUGGCGAAUCCCAAGGAUUAUACUAAUUAUAAGGACAACAACGGAAAGCCAGUUGCAUCAUCAAUUGCUAGGCAUUUUGGCCUUGGACAUGCACUUAAAUGUAGUAGCUUAGAUAGGGAUAUCGGAUGCUUCGGCAAUGCACGAAGAGUUUGCCAUAAGCCUCUUUUGUGGGAUUUAAAUUUGAUAACUCAUGCUAAUAUAUCAUCAUCGCACUUUGUUGGGCAAGAACACAGACGAAGCACUGAUUUAAAGACUCGAGAAAGUGAAUAUUUUAAAAUACUUUUCGCAACUGGUAUCCUUGCUCCUCCUCCCCGCUCAGUGGAGUUGGCUAAAAAAAUAUUGCGCACGCUUGACGGAACAAUAAUUCAACCAGUUGAGCAAAAGGAUGAGGCAAUGUUAAAGUUGUUGCCUACUCUCCUCCAGGAAGUCCAACUCAAGCUGGCAUGGACCAUUACUUGUUAGAAUGUCAAUUGUGAACUUGGCCUUUCAUAUCUCGUAGAACAGUGUCCAAGAGUAAGCUUUAUUACCUCCACCUGGAAUGAGGUGCCAAGGCAUGGCUUCCAAAUUUUCCUGAAGUUGGAGUAAACUUCAUAGUAGUGCUUCGUUUGGCAAAGCAUUUCUGGUGCUUGGAUUGCUGCGUUCUUCU